GGUUGCAGGCAGUCUCCAAUGUCCAUAGGCGGCGGUAAUGCUCGCUUUAAAGUGAACGGUUUGGCAUUGCUGUGUUUGCAGUAGAAGAGAAUACCGGUCGGUAGAGGAAACGCUGUAGUGAACAGCAUUGGUUCAGUCUUCGACCGUGAAUAGUACCCAGCUUAUUGGCCAGGAGACAUGGGGAACAGGGUCGCUCGAGAAGACUUCGAGUGGGUUUAUACUGACCAGCCGCAUGCUGACCGGAGAAAAGAAAUCCUAGCAAAAUACCCAGAGAUCAAGUCACUGAUGGUUCCCGACACACGACUCAAGUGGAUUGUCUGCAUGAUGGUGGUGGUGCAGUUUUUGGCCUUUUACCUUGUGAAGGACCUGGAAUGGAAGUGGCUCUUGUUCUGGACUUACGUUUUUGGCAGCUGCAUCAACCACUCCAUGACUCUGGCCAUUCACGAAAUCUCUCAUAACACGGCAUUUGGCAACAAUAAGGCGUUGUGGAACCGCUGGUUUGCCAUUUUUGCCAACCUCCCCAUUGGUCUGCCGUAUUCGGCUUCUUUCAAGCGGUACCACCUGGAUCACCACCGCUACCUCGGCGGGGAUGGCAUCGAUGUGGACAUACCCACGGACUUUGAAGGCUGGUUUUUCUGCACACGAAUGCGCAAAUUCUUUUGGAUUGUUUUACAGCCGCUCUUCUAUGCCAUCCGCCCGCUGUACAUCAACCCAAAGCCCAUCAGUCAGUUGGAGGUGAUUAACCUGGUGGUUCAGUUCUCGUUUAACAUUGCCCUCUACUACCUAUGGGGAAUCAAGCCUGUUGUGUACAUGCUGGCAGGGUCCAUGCUUGGCAUGGGGAUGCAUCCAAUCUCGGGCCACUUCAUUGCAGAGCACUACAUGUUUCUGAAAGGUCAUGAGACCUACUCUUACUAUGGAUCCCUCAAUCUGCUCACCUUCAAUGUUGGAUACCACAACGAACACCACGACUUUCCCAGUAUUCCUGGACGAAGGCUGCCAGAGGUCAAGAAAAUUGCCUCCGAGUACUACGAGCACCUUCCUCAGUAUACCUCCUGGGUGAAAGUACUGUACGAUUUCAUAAUGGACGACACCCUUAGCCCUUACUCUCGUAUAAAAAGAAAACUCAAGGGGGAAGUGAAACAAGAAUAAACUGAAGGCAAAGAGCUGAACUUGUGGAGAUGUCCAACUGCUUUGGCAAGACGCCAUGUGUGUGUGUGUGUUCAUGUUCCAUUACCUGGGAGUUGCAUUCUUAUUCUCACAUAAAGAAUCAGUGAAAAGUCGCGCUGCAGCCUCUGCCCCGUCCUCUCCCUGCCACUCGUGAUUUAUGUGGGCUUUUGUUCUGUAACAUACGCGCUUAGGGUUCUUUUUUUGUUUAUCAUGGAGUUUUAGUUGAAAUCAUGUUGUGUAAAUGUUGAUGGAUGAAUGGAUGGCUUCCAGUAAAAGGUCUUCAAAACAAAGAAUAUGCCCAGAAAAGAAAAACGCUACAAAGAAUGAGAGGGGUUGUCUGUUGUAUUUAUUUUUUGUUAUGUGAAUUCAGGAUUGAUGCUGCCACGAACCCCUCCUAACAACUCUGGGAUUUGGUUUCAAGGGCCCUGCAUGUCUUUUUUUUUUUUUUUUUUUGACCCCCCCUUCAUUUAAAGCACCGGACUCUCCUGAGAGGGAGAGACGAGGGGCUGCGUCACCACCUUCUUGAGGUUUAGAGUGGAGCUGCACAGCCAGACGCGGCUGACUAGACGUCUGCUACUUCAACGCUAAAUCACGAGAUGUAAACUCGUGCCUUUCCAAAGGGUUGGGGCCACGUUGAGAUUCAUAGAAAAUGCAAACCCUUAGACGGCACCCUCUCUGCUGGAAAUCUGAACAGACGCCUUUUAUCACGAGCGCCUGACAGUUGGCCUGCUUUGUGUGUCAGUAAGUCUGUAAGCUUCCUGUUUGAUGUUUUUUUGUUUUAAUAUUUCAACACACACCCAGCGUUCUUAACAUUCCCCUUUCUAAGCACAGCUGCUUUAUGCCGAAGCUUCACCUUUGAGUUUGUGUGUGUGUGUGGAUUGACGCGUUCUCUUUUAUGUGCACUUUGUAAAAUGACGGACUAAAAUUCUUUUUACCUUCAUCAGUAUUAAAAAGUGCAAGAGCGAAUGUUAUGGUUCAUUGUCCAGACGCGUCACUCUUUUUGUUGCCAGUUCCGCCACUUGCACAGGUGGACACUGACGGUCCAGAGUUUGUUUAAACUCGACGUCUGAUUCCAACAGUGAUUUGCUAGUUAUUUCCAUAAUAAAUUAUAUUAACUAUACUAAGA